CAUGAUAUGUAUAAAAUGCACCUCCUCUCCGUCCAAGAUUAAAAAUCCAAAAUAAUAACAACGGUAAUAAUGAGAUUUCUGAUCACUUCCUUAUCCUUUUACUCUCUCUUUCUCUCAAUCUUCCCUUUGUUGGCAUCUUCUUCAUUAUUGCUCCAGGGCUUCAAUUGGGCUUCAUCUAACAAGGAAGGAGGAUGGUACAACUCACUCAAAAACUACAUUCCUGAUUUUGCUGAUCUUGGGGUUACUCAUGUCUGGCUUCCUCCACCUUCUCAAUCAGCUCCAGAUGCUCCCCAAGGGUACAAGCCAGGGAGGCUUUAUGAUCUCACGUCAAAAUAUGGAACUGUGGAUGAAUUGAAGUCACUAAUUGCAGCUUUCAAUCAGAAAGGAAUCAAAUGCUUAGCUGACAUUGUGAUAAACCAUAGAAGUGCUGAGAGGCAAGACGAGAGAGGAGCAUGGAGCAUUUUUGAGGGUGGAACUGCUGAUGAUCGCCUGGACUGGGAUGCUUCCUUCAUCUGCAGCGAUGACGAUACAGGCUAUUCCAAUGGCAAAGGAAAUCCUGAUACAGGAAUGGACUUCCCUAACGUGACUGAUAUUGAUCAUCUCAAUCCAAGAGUUCAGAAAGAGUUAUCAGAUUGGAUGAAUUGGUUAAAGUCAGAAAUUGGGUUCGAUGGAUGGAGAUUGGAUUUCGUAAAAGGAUUUUCUCCCAAUAUUGCCAAAAUUUACAUGGAACAAACAAAACCAAAUUUCGCAGUUGCCGAAUACUGGGAUUUCUUUACUUAUGGGCAGGAUGGGAAGCCUGUUACUGACUUAAACGCUCACCGCCAGACGAUAAGAGACUGGGUGCAAGCUGUUGGCAAUGGAGUGACAGCCUUUGAUUUCACAACCAAAGGGGCUCUUCAAGCUGCUGUGCAAGGAGAAUUGUGGAGGUUGAAGGACACAAGUGGAAAGCCACCAGGAUUUAUUGGCAUAUCGCCAGAAAACGCUGUAACUUUCAUCGACAAUCACGACACUUGGUCUCAACAAGUUUGGCCAUUCCCAUCGGACAAAGUCAUGCUGGGAUACGUUUACAUCCUCACACAUCCUGGCACACCCUCCAUAUUCUAUGAUCACUUCAUUGAAUGGGGGCUAAAGGAGCCGAUCAGUAAGGUGGCAUCGAUUAGGAAGGCUUAUGGGAUCAGCGAAACAAGCAGUGUGAAGAUUUUGGCUGCUGAAUCUGAUCUGUAUAUGGCUAUGAUUAAUGAUAAUGUCAUUAUGAAAAUUGGACCAAAGAUGGAUCUUGGAGACCUUCUUCCCUCUGACUUUGAGCUGGCUACACCUGGACAAGACUAUGCCGUGUGGGUAAAAAAGUUGGGCAAUAUAUGAUUUACUCAUACAAAGGUUGUUUAAGAAUAAAAAUAAGUUUAUGAAUAAUAAUAAUAAUAACAACGACUUAUCCUUA